AUGAUCAUUUUUUUUAUUAGAGCCUUUAUUUUUUUCUGUCUAAUAUGGAUAUUCAAAUAUUCUGACGAGGAACUGAACAGAAAUAACAUAUUAAAUAUUAAAUAUAGCAGAAUGUUAAGCAGUGAAAUAAGAGCUCCGCUGGAAGAUAAACAUAAAUGUUUAAAAGAAAAAAUAUAUGAUUUAAAAGGAAAAAGUACUGCAUCAUUUGAAAAAAAACCAUAUGCAUUAAAGCAAAAUAACUUUUCUCAUAAAGAAGAUAAUGAAUCAAUAUGUAGUGAUUCGUAUCAAGAAGAAUUGAAUUAUUUUAUGCCACGUAAAAAACCUCAAAAUAUUGGAGCUUUUAACGUUAAGCAUAAUUUAAAAGACAACUCUCCUCUAUUAAGACAUUAUAAUAAUAUUCAGAGCAAUAAAAACCUACACAAAUCUUUAAAAAAGUUAUACUCAGAGAAUGAUUCAUACAUAAAUAACAUCAGCUCAAGUAAUAAACGUAAUUGUAUUAUUAAUGAAGAUAAAAUUAAUGCUAUUAUAAGCUAUCAGAAUAAACAUCCAGUAAAUUCUGCAAUUUUGUUUUUCCUUACUAUAAUUAUAGCACUGAUGUUUUUUCCGUUAACUACGAUUUUUAUUUUGUAUUUUAAAUUCCGAAAAAGCCAAAAAUAA